CUAUGCUUACGCUGCUUUUAUGCUCGUGUUUGGUUCCGACCCACUCAGCAGAAUUGACUUAGCCAAGUGUCGAGUUUGAUGGACGUUCUGACUUUUCCUACUUCCUACCCAACUAUUACAUUGGACAGCUUGUAUUAAAUAUCAUCAACCACUGGAGGAUGCCCUGUGACAUUCAUUGUGGUUGUCUACGCUCAUGCCUUUCUAGUUUGUUAUUAUUAUUAUUAUUAUUAUUAUUAUUGUAAGGCUAAAUCUAGCUGUACUAGCCUCCUUUUCCUCAGUCUUUAAAUGAGGGAGUUGAUUUGGAUGGGAUACAUGAUGGUUGUCUACCUUGGUGCUUUUUUAUUUUCAUUUUAAAAAAUGAAGCACGUCAGUUAGUUUGAAGAGGACCAGGAAUAAGUAUCAAUAUAUUUACAUUUCUUGGAUGCCAUUCAGGAUCUAGUGACUGUACAAAUAUACUAUCGUCUAAUAUUUUGAGGUGUUUAGGUGAUGUUCGGAAGAUGUUGUGUCUUUUUGGCAUCCAGCCUCGUUGUGACAUCAGCUCGUUGUGACAUCAUCUCUUGUCCAAUUUGUCACCGCAAACAAACAAAUUGCACUUCAUGUCCGUCCUCAUCUCACACGGCCAUCUGGACCUCACCUGGAAAGCACGACUAGACCUUUACAAAAUUUCAUUCUACUUUUGUCUAAGCCUGUGUGUGUGUGUGUGUGUGUGUGUGUGUAUGUGUGUAAUAAUAAUAAUCAUCAUAAUAAUAAUACAGUAGAACCCGACUCUGACUUCCGAUGCCAGUUGCUGUUUUGUAUCCUAGCGAGCUAUGCUACAUACGUAUGCUGCAUAUUGCUUCUUGGUUCCAAGGUUGACCACCAUCCCAUGACCCCAUCCAGGGGUCCACCUGCCAAGCCAUGAAGAUGGGCUCUCAAAUCCGCCUCUUACUGUGGAAGAACUGGACUCUCCGGAAGAGGCAGAAGAUCCGCUUCCUGGUGGAGGUCUUCUGGCCCGUGUUCCUGUUCAUGGGGUUGGUGUGGCUGAGAAAGGCCAACCCGCUCUACCAGCAACAUGAAUGUCACUUCCCCAACAAGGCCAUGCCAUCUGCAGGCGUUCUUCCGUGGAUCCAGGGCAUCUUCUGCAACGCCAACAACCCCUGCUUCCGCUACCCCACCAGAGGAGAAUCUCCAGGGCUGGUCUCCAACUACAACAACUCCAUACUGGCGCGGUUCUACGCCGACAUCUUGGAGAUGUUCAACGACACGGAGGUGCAGCAGCUCAGACGCGUGUGGCAUGAAGCGUCCACCUUCUCCAACUUCAUGGAAACGUUGCGCAAUAACCCGGCGGUGGUAUCAGGCCGGGGUCUGAAGAUCGAGGACAUUCUGAAGGACGAUGAGGUUCUCACGGCCUUCCUGCUGCGAGACGCCGCCCUCUCCGACUCCGUGGUUUACCAGCUGAUCAACGCGGAAAUACGAAUCGAACAGUUUUCCCGCGGCGUCCCUGACCUUCAGCUGAAGGACAUUGCGUGCAGCCAGGCUCUGCUGGAGCGCUUCAUCAUCUUCCCGAGUCGGCGGGGCCUCCACGGCGUCCGCAACGCCAUGUGUGCCCUCAGCCAGCCCAGGCUGCAGAGGAUCGAGGACGCGCUCUACGCCAACGUGGACUUCUUCAAGAUCUUCAGACUGCUGCCUCGCGUCAUGGACGGCGGGUCAGAUGGGGUCGACCUGCGGCGGUGGGGGCGUGUCCUCAGGGCGACAUCGGACAAGAUCUGGGAGCUGGUGGCGCGUGACAACUCCCAGCGCAUGGUCCAAGCCCUGACCCCCCUCUUCCAAGCCGGCGGCCCCCCUUCCUUCUCCUCCCUGUCAGCAUCCGUGUCCAGCCUCUUCUGUGGCUACCCGGAGGGGGGGGGCUCCCGGGUGCUUUCCUUCAACUGGUACGAGGACAACAACUACAAGGUGUUCCUGGGCGUCAACGGCACCCGGGGGCAGGACCGCCAGCGCGCCGCCUACGACCACACCACCACCCCCUUCUGCAACAGCCUGAUGGAGACCCUGGAGUCUAACCCCAUCACCAAAAUGCUGUGGAAUUCCGUCAAGCCCCUGCUGAUGGGAAAGAUUCUGUACACCCCCGACUCCCCCGCCGUCCGCAAGAUAUUAAAGAGCGCGAACACGACAUUCGAGGAGUUGGAGAGGCUGCAGAAUUUCGGGAAGAUGUGGGAAGAGGUGGGGCCUCAGCUGUGGGACUUCUUCCACGGCAGCGUGCAGAUGAACAUGAUCAGAGACACUCUGGCAAACCCGACGGUGAUGAACUUUGUUGACGACAGCCUGAAGGACGCAAACCUGACCACCAAGGACAUCCUCAACUUCCUGUACGCCGGGCCCGAGGAGGCCAGGGAGGCGGGGAUGGUGAGCUUCGACUGGAGGAACAUCUUCAACGUCACCGACCAGAUCAUACGCACCGUCAACAAUUAUGCCGAGUGCAUCAACAUGGACAAGUUUGUGGCCUACGACGACGAGUCCCAGAUGAUCCACCAAGCUUUGUAUCUGCUGGAGGACAACAAGUUUUGGGCCGGCGUGGUCUUUGCCGACAUGUACCCUUGGACCACCAGCGUCCCGCCGCACGUCAAGUACAAGAUCCGUAUGGACAUCGAUGGCGUGGAGCGUACCAACAAGGUCAAAGACAGGUACUGGGACCCGGGCCCCAGAGCGGACCCCAUGGAGGACCAGAGGUACAUCUGGGGGGGCUUCGCCUACCUGCAGGACAUGAUCGAGCACGGCAUCAUCAAAGUACACACCGGCCACGACUGGCCAUUGGGGGUCUACGUGCAGCAGAUGCCGUACCCGUGCUACGUGGACGACCUUUUCAUGAUCACGCUGAACCGCUGCUUCCCGAUGUUCAUGGUGCUGGCGUGGAUCUACUCAGUGUCCAUGACGGUGAAGAGCAUCGUGUUGGAGAAGGAGCUGCGCCUCAAGGAGACCCUCAAGGCCAUGGGCGUGGCCAACGGCGUCCUGUGGUGGACCUGGUUCAUCGACAGCUUUGUUGUCAUGGCGGCCAGCACGGCGCUGCUCACGUCCAUCAUCGUGGGCGGCAAGGUGCUGAACUACAGCGACCCGCUGCUGGUGUUCUUCUUCCUGCUGACCUUCACGGUGGCGAGCAUCAUGCAGUGCUUCCUCAUGAGCGUCUUCUUCAACAAGGCCAACCUGGCGGCGGCGUGCAGCGGCGUGGUCUACUUCACGCUCUACCUGCCUCACGUGCUCUGCUUCGCCUGGCAGGACCGCAUCACCACCAACAUGAAGCUCGCCGCCAGCCUUCUAUCUCCGGUGGCGUUCGGCUUCGGGACGGAGUACCUGUCCCGCUACGAGGAGCAGGGUUUGGGUCUGCAGUGGGACAACAUCCAGACCAGCCCGCUGGAGAAGGACGGCUACUCCUUCCUUACCUCCAUCCUCAUGAUGCUGCUGGACGCGGUGCUCUACGCCGUCCUGGCCUGGUACUUGGAUCAUGUCUUCCCGGGACAGUACGGCAUCGGGCGGCCCUUCUACUUCCCUUUGCAGCCGUCCUACUGGCACAAGGCUGCACCUUCUGGGGGUGACCAUCCAGCUCCUCCAGAUGCAGACAAAGUGGAGAAGGAUGCCGAGAGUGGCGCCCCCCCGGACCCCGCCUGUAACGGCUCGGCCGGCAGGCAGAAAACCUGCAAGCACCAAAGCAAGCGAGAACGUCUGGAGAGGCAGAAGGAGUGGCUGAGGCGCCAGGAGGAAGAGGAGGAGGAGCUUGGGAAGCCUUCUAGCGACAAUGAGGACUCUGGGAAGGAUGAAGGCCUGCUGUUGUUUGAGCCGGACCCACUCGGUCUAGCCAAAGGGGUGCAGAUCCAGGACCUGGUCAAGGUCUACAGUGGAGGCUCUCGCCCGGCUGUUGACCAUCUGAGCCUCAACUUCUACGAGGGCCAGAUCACUUCCUUCCUGGGACACAAUGGCGCUGGAAAAACCACCACCCUGUCUAUCCUGACCGGACUCUUCCCGCCUACAUCUGGCACCGCCUACAUCUACGGAAGAGACAUCCGCACCAACAUGGACGCUAUACGAUCCUCCUUGGGAAUGUGUCCUCAGUACAACAUCCUCUUCAAGCAUCUGACGGUGGAGGAGCACAUCCUCUUCUACUCGCUGCUGAAGGGUCGCACCCAAGCGGAGGCGGAGAAGGAGGUUGAGGAAAUGCUGGUGGACUUGGACCUGCCUCACAAGAGAGACGACCAAGCCCAGAACCUCUCAGGUGGCAUGCAGAGGAAGCUGUCAGUUGCCAUGGCGUUUGUCGGCGGCUCUAAAGUGGUCAUCCUGGAUGAGCCCACCUCAGGAGUGGACCCUUACUCUCGGAGGUCAAUUUGGGACCUCCUGUUGAAAUACAGAUUUGGUCGCACGGUGAUCCUGUCCACGCAUCACAUGGACGAGGCCGACCUGCUGAGCGACCGCGUCGCCAUCAUCUCCCAAGGCCGCCUGCACUGCUGCGGAUCGCCCCUCUUUCUCAAGAACGGCUUUGGCGCCGGCUUCUACCUGACGCUGGUGCGACGCAUGAAGGAGCUCAGGAAGAAGGAGAAUGACUGCGACUGCGCUUCCGACUGUUCCUGCUCCUGCUCCAUUUGCACCAGCUACAAGGACCAGUCCCAGAACCAGUGUCAGACCACAGACCGGGUCCUCGACGGGGACAUCGACAGCAUCAGCAGCCUCAUCCAUCACCAUGUCCCCGAGGCCAAGCUGAUUGAGGUCAUAGGUCAGGAGAUGACCUUCCUGCUCCCCAACCGCGGCUUCAAGCACCGCGCCUAUGCCAGCCUCUUCCGGGAGCUGGAGGAGACGCUGGCCGACAUGGGCCUCAGCAGCUUUGGCAUCUCGGACACGUCCCUGGAGGAGAUAUUCCUGAAGGUAACAGCCGAUGGAGAAGCAGCAGCAACCAACGCCGCCACCGCUGACAGCUGUGAUGCCGCGCAAGCUAACGGCGUUAGCCACGCUGCCUUGGACUGCAGCCUCGGCAGGGGGUCCAGGCAGGUCAAAGGGGCGUGGCUGACCCUCAAGCAGUUUCACGCUCUGGUGGUCAAGAGGUUCCAUCACGCCACCAGGAGCUGCAAGGACUUUGUGGCCCAGAUUGUCCUGCCAGCCAGCUUCAUCCUCAUCGCUCUCAUCUUCACCACUGUCGUUCCUCCGUUUGGGGAGUACCCCAGUUUGACCUUGACCCCUUGGAUGUACGGAGCACAGGUCACCUUCUUCAGUAACGAGAAACCUUCUGACCCCUCCAUGAGGCACUUCACUGAGCGCUUCCUCGGGAAACCCGGUCUCGGAACCCGCUGCAUGGAGGGGGAACCGCUAGGGAUGUCCUGCGGCGGCGGCGACGACGCGUCUGAGUGGGAGCAGCCUGACGUACCUGCCGUGGUCCUCGACAUGCUGCAGAGCCCCGAGUGGACCCAGAGGAACCCCUCCCCCUCCUGCCUGUGUAGCAGCAAGAAGAAGCUGACCAUGAUGCCCAUCUGCCCCGUCGCCGCCGGAGGCCUCCCCCCACGCCAAAGACUGGAAGUCACGGGGGACACCAUGCUGGAUCUGACUGACCGCAACAUCUCCGACUUCCUGGUCAAAACCUACCCAAGUCUCAUCAGAACCAGCUUGAAGAGCAAGUACUGGGUCAACGAGCAAAGAUAUGGUGGCCUGUCCGUCGGGGGGCAGCUGCCCAUCCUGGACGUGGAGCCCCGAGACAUUGAGAACGUUUUCCGUCAACUCGGCCAAAUGCUGAACAUCACGGCGGGGCGGCGUUCUCGAGCGGCGCUGAGGGAGCUGGGUCCUUUCCUACGAUACAUGGAGAGCGAAUUCAACGUGAAGGUGUGGUACAACAACAAAGGCUGGCACGCCAUGGUGUCCUUCAUGAACGUGGCCAACAACGCCAUCCUGAGGGCCUUCCUGCCCACCAGUGCCAACCCCGUGGAGUUCGGCAUCACCGCCACCAACCACCCGCUGAACCUCACCAAGGAGCAGCUGUCCGAGGUCACAGUGCUGACCACAUCAGUGAACGCAGUGGUGGCCAUCUGCGUCAUCUUCGCCAUGUCCUUCGUCCCCGCCAGCUUCGUCCUCUACCUCAUCCAGGAGCGUGUGACCAAGGCCAAGCACCUUCAGUUUGUUAGCGGGGUCAGCCCCCUCGUUUACUGGCUGGCCAACUUCUUCUGGGACAUGAUCAACUACUCCAUCAGCGCCGCCAUGGUGGUCGGCAUCUUCGUGGUCUUUGACAAAAAGUGCUACACGUCCCCGGCCAACCUGCCUGCUCUCGUAGCGCUGCUCCUGCUCUACGGGUGGUCUGUGACGCCCAUGAUGUACCCCAUGUCCUACAUGUUCAGCAUCCCCAGCACGGCCUACGUGUCUCUGUCCUGCAUCAACCUGUUCAUCGGCAUUAACAGCAGCGCCAUCACUUUUAUCCUGGAGCUCUUUGACAACAACAGAUCCCUGCUGAUGUUUAACGAGUGGCUGAAGAAAGGUCUGCUCCUCUUCCCACACUUCUGCUUGGGCCGAGGCCUGAUUGACAUGGCGAUGAACCAGGCAGUCACCGACGUCUACGUCCGAUUCGGAGAGGAGCACUUGGAAGACCCGUUCCGUUGGGACUUUGUGGGCAAGAACGUUUGCUUCAUGGCAGUGGAAGGUUUCGUCUACUUUCUUCUCAACCUCCUCAUCCAGUACCGCUUCUUCCUGGACCACUGGAUAUCGGAUGACCACCGGAUCCCAGUGGAGGACGAGGAUGAUGACGUGGCAUGUGAGCGUCGCAGGAUCUACGACGGGGGCAGCAAGUUGGACAUCCUGCAGAUCAAAGAUCUUUCCAAGACGUACGUGGGCAGGACGACGGCGGCUGUGGACCACAUCUGCGUGGGCGUUCCGGCUGGAGAGUGUUUUGGACUUUUAGGGGUCAACGGCGCCGGGAAGACCACAACCUUCAAAAUGCUGACUGGCGACACUGACGUCAGCUCUGGGGACGCCACCGUGGUCGGUUACAGCAUCCUGACCGAUCUUCUGGACGUGCACCAGAACAUGGGGUACUGCCCGCAGUUUGACGCCAUUGACGAGCUCCUGACGGGCAGGGAGCACCUUUACCUGUACGCCCGCCUCAGGGGGGUCCCAGAGGGGGAGAUCCCCAGGGUGGCCGAGUGGGGCAUCCAGAAACUGGGCCUGUCGGAGUACGCCAGCCGCCUCGCUGGCACGUACAGCGGCGGGAACAAGCGCAAACUCUCCACCGCCAUCGCCAUGAUCGGUUGUCCAGCCUUGGUUCUGCUGGAUGAGCCCACCACGGGGAUGGACCCUCAUUCCCGACGCUUCCUGUGGAACGCCAUCCUGAGCAUCAUACGAGACGGGCGGGCCGUGGUGUUGACGUCGCACAGCAUGGAGGAGUGCGAGGCCCUCUGCACCAGACUUGCCAUCAUGGUCAACGGAAGCUUCAAGUGUCUGGGAACCAUCCAGCACCUCAAAUACAAGUUUGGCGACGGCUAUGUGGUGACCAUGAAGGUCAAGGCGGCCAAAGCGGGCGUGCUUCCGGAGCUGGAGCACGUGGAGGAAUUCAUGGAGAGCAGUUUUCCAGGCUGCGUCCAGCGGGAGAAGCAUUACAAUACGCUGCAGUACGAGAUUGCAUCCUCCUCGCUGGCCAGGAUCUUCCAGCUGGUCGUGGCCAACAAGGACAGACUCAGCAUCGAGGACUACUCCGUCUCUCAGACCACGCUGGACCAGGUGUUCGUCAACUUCGCCAAGCAGCAGACGGCAGAGGACGACGCGGUCACGUUGCGAAGACGCGGCGCCGGCAGACCCAAAGAUCUGAAAAAAAUCUCACCUGUGAAGAGGAAAACUUAAGUGGGACUGUGAUGUAAAACCAUCGUUGUGUAUUUCCAUGCAUGUAUGAACAUGUAUGAAUAUGUACAUACUGUACAAGCAACACGCUACCUGCACUACUUUUGUAAUAAUGCAUAUUUCUACAACGAAGCACAGACUGUAGAUUUACAUAAAGCGGCAUUAAAUGUUUUAAU